GCGAUCUCAUAUCUGGCUCCUCAUUCCUCACUCGCAACAUGUACCCGCUGCUCAUAUUCUUCCCAGUGGCCAAAGGCCUUCCAUUACUGCAGAAUAUCACGAUCCCCCUGCCAAACGGCAGUUCAGAUCAUGAAAAUCCGGGUUUGCUCUGUACGCCCACCAAGUGGAGUGAUAUUAUAAUCUUCUAUCUGGCCAACUAUGCGGCGCACGCCGCAACGACUCGCUCUCUACCCGGCGAAAAGACUCGGGGGAUUAUAAUGGUUGUUCUAACCGCCCUGUUCUUUCCAGCUGCUGGCGCGUUUCGUGGCAUUCUGGGAAUUACAAGCUUAGCGAUUUGGGCGAAGACAGACCUGGAGAUGGCUGCCAAAGCUGGUGCUCUUUGCAUGGUCGUUAGGGGGCCCGACUGGGAACCGCGGGAUGGGGACACUCUGGAGAACACAAUUCUUUGCCUGUCUGUGCAACAGACAAAGGGUGGCAACAGCUCUCUUGAAAAUCCUUUGCCCAUAGCUUCCUCCCAGGAAAAUGCCAUUCUAGGGAUUAACACAGGAAAGCCAGAGGGAAGGAAUUUCCGUUUUGUGAUGUAUGACCCGCCGUGGAAUUUUACGGAUUUCAUAUAUGGGGAUGAUCUGAGCCAGUCCGAAUAUCAGAUCCAUGGUAAUCAUCAUCUCCCCCCCGGCUAUUGUAUUUCACUUGUUCCACGAAAUGCAACCUUCAUCGAACCACCUCUUAAAAGGACUACCCUUUCGUAUAAUUAUAACUGGGUCAAAGUUCUGGUCUCGCUUGGUCAAGCAAUAUACACUAUAUUUACGCUAUACCAGGCUCGAGGGGACCAAAUUGAGCGAUUUGGCUACGCGGCUUUUGGCCUCACGGUUGCUCCAUACGCAGUUGUCUCCGUGUUGAAUCUCUUAGGGUCAGGCCUGUGCCCAGAAUUUGCAGCUCUAUAUAUGGUCGAAUCUUCGAUAAUGAAGGAAGCUGUGAAAAGAGGCGAAGGAUGUUUCUUCAUGGGAACGGUCGGAGAGCUGGGUGAGGAUAUUUUCCGCCGGAACCCCAGUGCCGAGCAGGGGGCUACACUACAGGUGUUUGAGGACUCCGUGGGUCUCAGAAACUUCUUCGUGGCCUUCUUGUUUUCGUUCUUGGCUACUUUGGUCCCAGUGGCCAUCAUCGGUGGUCUCUCUAAAUUCCACCGAGGGCAUAGCACACAUGCCCAACGUGUCUGGAUCAUGACCUGGCUCAGCUUUGGAGCAAUUGGGCCUUUCAUCUUGAUUAUCAUAUCAUUGAUUAAACUAGACCGCAAGAAAGGGGAAAGUUGGAUUACAGUAAUAAUAGGGAGUGCUUAUAUUAUCUUGUUUUAUGCAGCGCCAGCCAUUGGGGGGUUUGUAGUUAUAGGACAGAUGUUGAGAUCAUUUGGGACUUGUAUUACUAUUUCUUAA